GUGGGGGGGGGCACGCAGCAUACCUGAAGCCACACACCAGUGGGUGGUCCCGGGCUGUCUGCAUAAAUAUUUGUUGGACGAAUGAGGGCAGGACUGAAGGACCGACCCCAGCACUUGCAGGGUAGCUUUCGUUUACUCAGCACCCAGCAGAGACCGAUUCCAGGCACAGGGGACAGCAGAUGCAAAAGCACAGCACGACUAACGCCUGGUGGAACCGGAAGACGAGAGACAAAGCUGAGAAACUGGCCAGAGCAGGCAGCGGAGGACCUUGAACGCCCAGACCAGGAUUUGGGACUCGCCCGCUUGAGUGUGGGCGUGGCUGAAGGCAGCAGUCCCUGGUGCUGCCGCUGCUGGUGGGGUCGUCACGGGUGCUCCGGGGAGGAGAAUAGCCUCGAACAAUCGAGACCGUGAUGGGGCUGGGGAGCGGAGGGCCCAAGGGCUGUGAACAGGGCCCUGUGCUAGCACCUGCCACCCGUUACUCCCUCCCUCCCUCUCUGCGUCUUUGUGCCAUGUCCUUUCCUUUCGCAGUAAACGUUCUUCUUCCGAGAAAUUCCAAGGGGAUCUCAGCCAAGCAGAGGGGGGAGGAUCCUGCCCACGCCUGGGGGGGGAGGUAGAGGUGGAGGGAGCGCCCGGGAACGGGUGGAGGGAGCCCGAGCCGGAGAGGGCUGGCGCGCGCUGGCGAGCGGGGCGCCGGCUGGCCAGAGGGGCCCAGGACGGCCCGGGACGGUGACCCGGCUCUGGCCCUGAGCCCCAGACGCCUGAGUCCUUGAGUCUCCAGCCUCCCCCGCCCCCCCCCGCGCGGCCCCCGCCCCGGCUCCGCCCCGCCCCUCGCGCGGGGUCCGUGUCUGCGUCUGCGUUCCCCGAAAGACAAGGCUGCACCCGGCUUCCCUUCCACAGGGAGACCGAAGGGCACCUCUCCCCGCGCCGCCCGCGCUUCCCGGAGCCCCGGAGUCGCGACACCCCAGGGAUGUGAGUGCGCCCCCGACCUGAGGCCCGCGCUCCACGCUUAGAUCCGCGGUGAGAGCUGAGGCUCGCACGGGGAGACGAGGGGAGGAGGCUCCGCGCCGGGUUCCCGGUCCCCACCCCCCCCCGCCCGGGGUGGGGUGGGGGCGAGGCGCCCGCCCUUCCCCCCAUUGGCAGGUACUGUCCACUCGCAUCUUGUCCUGCCCUUUCCUCUCCGGACGCACCUAUCGCUCCCCAGGGAUAAGACGCGCCUCCCGACCCACCCUCCUACCCACAGGCCUGUGCCCCAGACGACCCCAGCCUGCAGCCCCCGCGCCUUCCUGAGGCCCGCCUGGAGCAUGUUGCCUGCGGCCAUGAAGGGCCUCGGCCUGGUGCUGCUGGCCGCUCUGCUGUGCUCUGGCCCCGCUCAUGGCCUGUGGUGCCAGGACUGCACGCUGACCACCAACUCCAGUCAUUGCACCCCGAAGCAGUGCCCGCCGGCAGACACGGUGUGUGCCAGCGUCCGGAUCACAGAUCCCAGCAGCAGCAGGAAGGAUCAUUCUGUGAACAAGAUGUGUGCCUCGUCCUGCGACUUCGUGAAGCGGCACUUUUUCUCAGACUAUCUGAUGGGCUUCAUUAACUCUGGGAUCUUGAAAGUAGAUGUGGACUGCUGUGAGAAGGAUUUGUGCAACGGGGUGGCGCUGGCGGGGCACAGCUCCUGGGCCCUGGCGGGGGGACUCCUGCUUGGCCUGGGGCCCACCCUCCUCUGGGCUGGGCCCUGAGGUCCCCUCCCUCCCGCAGAGCUUCUGAACUCGUCCCGCCAGACCUGAGCCUGUGGCUGCCCCCUCCCCAGCCUGGCCUGGCUGAAGCUGGGGGCAGCCUUGGCCUGUCCACAGUCUGUGGCCCCCGCCCCUCCCUGUCUCUCCACCAGCUCCAAGUCCCAGCCAGCAGGACAUCUCCAGGAAUCAGGCGUCCAGCAGGAGGCUGGGACCCCGGGCCUUGGAGGGGAAGCCAGGCUGAGCCAGGCCCCGCCCGACAGCCUGGCUGUGAGGGCAUCCUCUAAGGAGAAGUAAAGUCAAUUCUGAG